GUUAACUUAACUUAAUCCUGAAAACUUCCACCUUGUCAAACUUACGGAUUAUUCAACCCUACUGGCUUGACUCAGUGUGCACACAAAAAGAAACGACGUUCCUCCUAGCACAUUCCUAGUGCAUCAGUAUGACACCUUACCGGGCCAUUGCAAUUAUUUAUUACAAUAGCUUAAUCCUAAAAGGUUAUCAACCACGGAGUUCCAUGCUUAUCCUAUCUACAAUUAGUCUUGCUGUCUUGAUGCUGGGUUUGUUGUGUGACCUGAAACACACAACAUUCCCGAAAGUAGACACUGUCAUGUCACCCAUUUUUGUUGGAUGAUUAGUUUUCACUAGCCUAGGUGUCUCCUACUGAUUAGUCCUACCUACGUGACACCUUUAUUUAUGAAACUAAAACCUAUCACACAACUUAUGAACCUUCUCUAGGUUAUGGUACUUAGCUUUUGUUUUGGAAUUUCUCCACGUUGAUGUUGUCCCUCGGCGAUUCUGCGUUGUUGCUCCUGUGUCGAAGUGCGGUUUCCUUUCCUCAGCGUCGUCUUGUGUAAUUUCUUUAAAUUUUGCAGCUGUUGUUUUUGCACAACUUUGCUGAUUUGUUGAUUUUUAUGUCUCAACAACUCUUCUUUCUUUCCUCCUUCCUUCCCACCGCCUUCUGCGGCUGUUCCAACUCGGCUUUUCCGAUUCUCUUUUGUUUCCGUCCACCUUGUUAGCGCUCUCCAACCGUUACUUUUGAAACCCGGCACCUGUUCUUUUCCUUUGUGCAAUCUUCGUCUUAAAAUGGCCCCCCGUGAUCCUGGUGCCGUAUCGUUGAGUGCACUGAUUACCAGUGAUCUACCUGAGCCACAAGAACACGCUGACCAGCUAAAUGCUGAGUAUGGUGACUUUGCGCGCCUCAUCUGCGUACAACUUGUUCGGGGACUUUACCGCCCCGCUGGUUGGACUUCUCGCCGGUUAUGCAUCCGUUGUGGGAACUCUUCCGAGGUUAAAUCCACAAACAAGUGGGAGGUUCUGGAUGAUAGUUUUUACGAGGAAGAUUUGGUUCUCAAUGAGUGGGUCUUCGGGAUCAACGACGAAUGGUGCACCUGCGGGUAUUGCUUUAGCCCUUGCUAUCGAGUUUUGGAGCGCGAGCUGGUGGCUCAUCGUAAUGGAGAUGGCGUUAUUAGCUCUGAUGAAUAUUACGGCAUCUUGAAUAUUGGUCCGAAUUCCGUACCGACCCUGCCCGACAUUCUUGAGGAGUCUGAGCCAGAAUCUGAGGAUUGGUAUCCUGUCGGUCCUGCCGAUUCUUCGGACUCCGAUGUAGAUGCCUUCGAUUUACCUUUGUGCGUUAUGGGUCGACCCGUCGAAGAUCUUCCCUCAGCUUACUGCAGGUCAUGUACCAAGUGAACGACCAUUCUGCAAGAGGACUCAAUGUGGAGCAACUGUACAUCAACUGCGGUAUUUUUACUCGAACUGGAUGGAACCCCUCACUUUUGGGAGUAGCCUCUUCUUCAAGCUGAAGGUGCCAGCCCUGAUCCUCCUGAUCAGCAUCAUCAGCAUAGUUGACAACUGGGUAGAUUACGGCUGCUCCCCAUCGCUAAACAAAUGCUCAUCCAAUGGAUCGAAAUCAGUG